AUGGGGAAGGCUAGGGCUCAUCAGCUCCUAGCCUCCCUAGCGGCUAUCUACCUCAUCCUAGCCGUCACCCAGCAUGUCAAUGUCACCGGCAUCCUGACCGAUGACCUCGAGAUAAUGUGGGGCAACGCAAAGUUCGUCACUGACAGCAGCGGCCAACAGGCCAUCGCGCUGGCUCUUGAUCGCUCAACUAGCUCUGCGUUCCGCUCCAAGAAGACAUGCCAGUUUUGCAGGGUAGACAUAGAGAUCAAGCUCGUCCCUGGAAACUCGGCCGGCACCGUGACCACAUUCUAUAUGAUAACCGAGAACCCGUGGCAGUUCCAUGAUGAAAUCGACAUCGAGUUUCUGGGCAACAGCAGUGGCCAGCCCUACACCAUGCACACUAACAUGUAUGCCAGAGGACAGGGUAGCAGAGAGAAGCAGUACAAGUUUGAUUUUGAUCCCACUCAAGAUUACCACAAGUACACCAUCAUCUGGAACAAAGAUUGGAUCCUAUUCCUUGUGGAUGACAAGCUAUACCGGCAGAUCAAGAACAACCAGAUAUACGGUGCCCCAUACCCGUACUACUAUCCAAUGAGGGUGUAUGCCACCAUCUGGAACGCCGAUGAGUGGGCAACACAGGGCGGCAGCGUCAAGACUGACUGGUCGCAGGCGCCAUUCACCGCAUACUUCCGGAACUACAGGGCCAUUUCAUGCGACCUAUACCAGGCCUCCCCUCUGUGUCUCCCAGGCUCCGGUUGGUUCGACCAGCAGCUGGAUGAGUCACGGAAACAGCAACUGGCACAGGUGGACUCUAGUAACAAGAUAUAUGAUUACUGCACAGACUCCAAGAGGUACAAAAAUGGGGGCCCUAAGGAGUGCGGGGUAACUAGCUAG